UGUGGUCAACAGUGCUAAUCUUGGCCGCACUUAUCAGAACCAAUUUAGCUGUUGAACUUUGAAGUGGUACAGGUUCUGCUUCAUCAUGUCAAAGCUACGGUACUUUUACGACCUUAUGUCACAGCCCAGUCGGAUGCUGUAUAUCUUUCUGGAGUCGACGAAGAUCCCCUACGAACGGUGUCUAGUAAAUCUGGGAAAAGGCGAGCAUUUGACCGACAAGUUCAAGACGAUCAAUCGCUUCCAAAAGGUCCCGUGCAUCGUCGACAAAAACGACCUACAUCUGGCGGAAAGUGUUGCCAUCGUGCGGUAUUUGGCCCGGGAGUAUCCAUUCUCGGAUCAUUGGUACCCCAAGGACAGUCAGAAACGAGCCCGGAUCGAUGAGUAUCUGGAAUGGCAGCAGCACAAUACGCGGGCCGUUUGUGCCACCUAUUUCCAGUACGUGUGGCUGCGGCCAAAGUUGAUGGGAACCAAGGUCAAUCCGGAACGGGCCGAGGAGUACAAGCAGAAAAUGGAGGACUGCUUGGAUUUCAUCGAGAGUGAUUAUCUGGGCGGAGGCAAUCCCUUCCUAGUGGGCAAUGAGAUUUCCGUUGCGGAUCUGUUUGCGGCGUGCGAGAUUGAGCAACCAAAAAUGGCUGGCUUCGAUCCGUGCGCAGGGCGACCGAAAAUGACUGCUUGGAUGGCCCGGGUCCGGGAGGCAACCAAUCCGCACUACGAUGAAGCGCACAAAUUGGUUUACAGGAUUGCUCCGGAUAGCGUUCCGAAGCCGAAGUUGUAGAGUUGGAAGAUGAUACAGGUGCCGGAAGUUUACAUGUUGGGAUAUAUUUUGGAAACAAAGUUUUACAUAAA